UGCAUAUAUGCGACUGUAAUCUUAACUUCAAAUAUUAGUUUUAUCGUCUUAUCGCGUGGUUGACUAUCACUUAUGUUCGCGGAUAAAGAUAAUCAUAUGAAGUAUAAGUAUCAUAAGAUGUCGAUUCUUAUGCUAAGAUGUAAAAUACCAUAACUUAAAGAUGAAAUGUUAACGAAAAUUCGAAUGUCACUGAUAUACAGUGUGCUCAUUGUAUUCUAUUUAUGCAGUGAAUAUUAUGUAGGAAGUGCAAUCAAAUAUGUCGGUGUAGUUCAGAAUAUAAGUGUAACAACAUUGCAAGAUAACAGAUACGUAGACAGUAAUGACAUGUAUAAAUCCUUUAAAUUAAACAUAUCAUGGUUGCCUCCAGACAGUAAAAGACAACCUUCAUCUUAUAGCAUUAUAGUCACAGGUGCACCAACAAAAGAGAAAACAAAUAUCAUAGAAUGUCCAGAAGAUUCAAUUUUUUAUAGAUCAAGCAACUAUAAACAUCAUGUCUUGGUACCAGAAAACAAUGUACCAGUUGAUAUGUCUGAUCUGUAUAUUCGACCUAACUGUUCUUACAGGAUAUGUGUUAUUGCAAAUCCAAGAAAACCAAUGGUAAAACCUCUGGAAAUCCUCUAUACAGUUCCAGAAUGCAUGGGUCAUAAAUGUAGUUGUAUUAAUGCCAAGUCAACACUACCAAUUCCAAGAGUGAAUAUUACUCUAAGAGAAGAUGAUGUAAUUGUUAAUUGGAGUACAACUUCUGACACUUCUAAUGUUCAUUCUUAUACAAUUAGUAUUGGUGUUCCAAUCUUAACAUCAAAAAAUGGACUGCCAGUAUAUAAUAUUACAAAACUAGGACAGGUAUCAGCAGAAAAGACUGUAUUUUUAUGGAACAUGAAAUCCAAAAACCAUUAUACAGAAAUAAGAGAUGGUUAUAAAGUAGCAGUUAAUGCUGUGAAUGAUCAUGGUUGUAUUGGAACAGAAGGAAACAUCAUUGUACACUCUGUGUCAUUGCAUGCCAUCGAAACUGUCAAUCGCAAUACACGAUUCAUACUAUUCUGUAUAAUAAGUGGUUGUAUUCUUCUUGGAAUUCUAAGUUUUAUAUUGUAUCAUAAUAUUGGUGCUUGUCUACUACAUUUUAAUAAUAAGAUUCGAAUACAUACAAUUUCCAAAUGCAAAUCUCAAUGGGGAGAAGCAAUUCUUUGGAAACAUAACAUUUUAUACAUUCGGACCAAAUCUGAGGUAAUAAAACAAUCUUAUGUCGAUGGUACACUAUUUUUACAAAGAAUGUACUUUAAAUUAUCACAGGAGGACUACAAGGAAAAAGCAGAUAAACUACAUGUCCCAUUUAAAAGUAUAAAAUUGAUACAUGAAUUGGGUACUGGACAUUUUGGGAAGGUGUAUCUUGGUCAUAUAGAUGAUGCAAAUCAUACUUUAGUUGCUGUAAAAAUGUCUCAACAUGUUAAUGCAUGUACCCAAUUGGAGAUACGACAACAGUUUAUAGAAGAAAUUGAGAUGAUGAGAAUGGCAGGAAAUCAUCCUCAUUUAGUGAGGCUCAUAGGUUACUGUAUUCAACCAGAUAAACCAAUAUGUAUUCUCCUUGAAUAUAUGCAAGGUGGAGAUCUAUUAACUUACUUACAGUAUAAAAAGAAAAAUCAAACAAGGAUAAUUAAAAAUGAUGAAAAUAUUCCUGUAUGCUUAUCAAGACCAGAUAUUUUAGAAAACAAACAAUACAUUCAAAAAUCUAGGCAUUUUGAACCCAAAUACAUAAACAUUUCUAAAGAAGAAAAGAAUGGCACAGAAAACUGGAUGGAUAGAAUGGAAAAGAAUCAAUUUUUGAAAUUUGCUACAGAAAUUGCUAUGGGUAUGAAACACCUAGAAGCUAAAGGAAUCAUUCAUAGAGAUCUUGCAGCGAGAAACAUUCUCCUUAAUGCAGAUUUAACUCUUAAGAUUUCCGACUUUGGGCUUUCACGUAAUGGUCCAUAUGUAAUAAAAAAUAGUGAAGGAAAGACACGUCAUCUUCCAUUACGAUGGAUGUCACCAGAGGCUAUACGUGAUCAUUCUUUCUCCUCAAAGAGCGAUGUAUGGUCUUUUGGCGUGGUACUUUGGGAAAUCGGCACAUUGGGCUCCUUUCCUUAUUCAAAUGUGCAAGAUGAUCGUCUACUACAUUACAUUGUUUCCGAGAAUGGUCGUUUAGAACAAUCAGAUGGUAUUUCUUCUGACAUAUACAAAAUAAUGCAUUCUUGUUGGGCUGCUGAGCCUGACAAUAGACCAAAUUUUCUACAGCUGCUUUCAGAAUUAGAGAUUCUGAUCAAGCUUAUGAAUUUAUCUCAUGUAACAUCUAAUCCCUGUUACGCACUGUCAAUUUGACAAGAUUGAUAUAAAUAAGUACAGCAAAACCAAGUAUAAUUUAAUAAAAUUGUCAACAUGUUUGCUAUUUGGUUCCUUUGAUGAUUAAUAAAGGAGUAUUUUUUAUAUAAAUUGUUACCAAUAUGAAUUUUCUACAAAUAUGUUUGUUCACUUGUAGGUCAAAUAUUGUGUUCUUCUUAUACCUAACUAUACUACAGAAAAUCGAAAUCAUUGAAUUACAUAAAUAAAACAUGAUUAAUAAGCCAUGCUUGUCUAUGCUACACUUAUUUAUACAAUUUAUUUCAAUUUGACAAGUAGUACACAUUAGUUACUUUAAAAAGAAAACAAAUAUUCUCGAAUUCUUGAUGCGUAUACAGUCGAAGGAACCGAAUGAAAAUAAUAAUAGACGUUUAAAGUUGGACAAAAUGAAAUC